AUGCCGAAACAAUAUCAAUGUAAUGGUAUCACCACCAGAGGAGUCAGGUGUAAAAUAAAAUGUAACCUGCCAAAUUCCUACUGUCGACAUCACGAGAACCAAGCGAAUGUUCAUCACAACAACAAUAACCAUAAAACCCAAUCAAAUGAUACUGGCUAUAUUUACAUGUACACCAUGACCAAUUUUCUAUUUCCACCAAAACAUUGGACUUUCAAAGUAAAGAAUUUGCCCGACGCGUCUAAGAAGACCGAUUGGGUGGAUUUCAACAGUAGGAAAUCGCAUUACAUUCUUAUCAAGAUUGGUCGGACAACUAAAACACCAGAAUCACGCAUCCAGCAGUGGCAGGAAAAGUGUCAACACCCAUUGACCAAUGUGGGACCACCCAACAAACACUUGAUAAAAAAGCGCCGUGAGUUGGUUGAACGAUUGGCGUGUAUGAGUAUUGGUGAUUCGGCCUACACUCGUUGGAAAAACGGCGGGUUCUAUUGCAGGAACCUAAAUUUGGUAGAGCUGACUAUCCACAAUGAGUUAUGGAAAAAAUAUGGCAAGGGCCAAGUAUAUUGUCCUACCUGUGUGGCUGAUGAAUGUCGUUCAGAAGCCAAAUUCAAGAUCCACAUGGAAUGGUUUCUAAUACCAAAAGAAGACAUCGAGAAAGUUUACCACUUGAUAAAUACCGUAUGCAUGAAAAUAGGAUAA